GAUAAGCUUACUAAACACAGCGUUUGACAGAAACGUCAAACCAAAGUGCGAAAUGUCAUCCCUUUUCUCUUUCUCUAUAUCCGGUCAGCCAUAAGACCUCCAGCAAGAUGAGGAAGAUUAUGAAGCAAAACAAAAUCGUAAUUGUCCUUAGUGGACGUUACGCCGGCCGCAAGGCCAUCAUUGUCAAGACUGUCGAUGAUGGUGGACAGGACAAACCAUUCGGUCAUGCUUUGGUUGCUGGUAUCGACAGAUACCCCCGCAAGGUCACCAAGAGCAUGGGCAAGACCAAGUUGAAGAAGAAGUCCAAGAUCAAGCCCUUCUUGAAGGUAUUGAACUACAAUCACUUGAUGCCUACUCGUUACACCGCCAGCGAAAUCACUUUCGACAAGCUGUCCCCCAAGGACUUGAAGGAUCCCGCCAAGAGGAAAGCACACCGUUUCCAGACUCGCGUCAAAUUCGAGUCCUCCUACAAGGAAGGCAAGAACAAGUGGUUCUUCCAAAAGUUGCGUUUCUAAGCUGCUUGCUUUUUAGUUUUUAACAACAUAACUGUCAAAAUGAUGAUAAAAACAUAGUUUUGUAUGUUUUUAUUGCGCUGUGUGGUUCUGAAUGGAGAAAAAUGUGACGUAUUUUUUUUUAGAAAAAAAGUUACAAGAAUAAAAAAUUAUUAAAAAAAAGAAAGCAACAGUGUCUUAUCUUUAAGAAAAACAACAUAAACAAAUCCCUUGGAUUUACCUUUCAAGUAGAAGGGAUAAGCGCAACAAAAAAAAAAAUGAUCAAUGAAAUAAGUGAAUUGUUAAUGGAAGCUGUGGCUGUCUGCAUAAUUUGACAUGUGCUGAGUUAAGUCAGAUAUGACAAUGGGAUUGGCAUUGGUAUAUCUAGAAAUUAAAUUUUUAUAUAAAGUAA